GGUGAGGUUCAGGUGUUUGACUGGAGUCCUCCUGAUCAGCUGCAGUUCCUCAACCAGACCAGUGGGGGGCGACACGACGACAACAUAAACAUAAACAACAACAACAUCGCAACUCCUGCUGCUGCUUCCGUCCAUCCUCUCGUCCCUCUGCUCCUCUACAGCGACUCCCUCCUCCUCCCCUCCUCCCCCUACAGCCAGCCAAUCAGAGCGGCCCACACCCAGACUGGGACACGCCCCUGUAACCACGGCAACAGCGUCACCAGCAGUCGUCCUGCGGUGAAGAAGCCUCUGAACGCCUUCAUGCUCUACAUGAAGGAGAGGAGACAGGAAGUGGUUCAGGAAGGACAGAAGGAGAGCGCCGCCAUCAACCGGAUCCUGGGACGGAGGUGGAACGCUCUGUCUCAGUCUGAACAGUCCAAAUAUUACGAUUUGGCUCAGAAGGAGAGAAUUCUGCACAUGAAGCUUUACCCAGGAUGGUCGGCCAGAGACAACUACGGGAAAAAGAAGAAGAAACUGAACCAGCAGCCGACAGGAAGCAGCUCCAGUCUUUAAACUUUACAGAAGGUCGGUUCUUACAAAUAAACUAUUUUCAGGGAAGAUUAUUCUCUCCAGCGGGCUGCACAGUGGCGUAGUGGUUAGCACUUUCGCCUUGCAGCGAGAAGAUCCCUGGUUCGCGUCCCGGCUUUCCCGGGAUCUUUCUGCAUGGAGUUUGCAUGUUCUCCCUGUGCAUGCGUGGGUUUUCUCCGGGUACUCCGGCUUCCUCCCACAGUCCAAAAAUAUGCUGAGGUUAAUUGAUUACUCUAAAUUGCCCGUAGGUGUGAAUGUGUGAGUGAUUGUUUGUCUAUAUAUGUAGCCCUGCGACAGACUGGCGACCUGUCCAGGGUGUCCCCUGCCUUCGCCCGAGUCAGCUGGGAUAGGCUCCAGCACCCCCCGCGACCCUAGUGAGGAAUAAGCGGUGUAUAGAUAAUGGAUGGAUUAUUCUCUCCAGGUUUGUCUAAAGGGACAAAAAC